AUUUCGAAGAAUAUUCAUUUUUUUUUGUUCUGUUCUCACUUUCACAAAUACAUAAAAAAUAUAAUUUUUUUGUUCGAUAGAAAAUAAAUUUUUUCCUCCAACAAAAAAAACAACCACAAAACAAAAGUCAUGAGCUUUGAAAUCCCGGAGGGUCUUGGUGAUAUGUUGAGAGAUUUCACUGUAGCAGUUCUACGAGAGAGGCCGGCUGACAUCUACGACUUCGCAAUAGACUAUUUCACGAGGGUGCGAGAAAAUCGGAAACCUAAAACGGUCCCCAUGUACAUCGUGGUGGAUGAGUGCGAAGCUGGAGAACCAGAACCUUCAUCGAUGAAGCCUAAAACGAACAUCUCGAAUCGUUACGAACGUCGGAUUUCUAUUUCAGGCGAAAAGUAUGACCCUGAAGAAGAUGACGAUGAUGAGAAAGUCGUCCACCCGAAAACGGACGAACAACGUCGGCGUCUGACAGAAGCCGUUAGCGGCAUUUUGAUAUUCCGAUCUUUGGAUUCUGACCAAAUGCAGGAAGUUCUUGAUGCGAUGUUCGGGAAAAAGGUGAAUGCUGGGGAAGAAGUGAUCACCCAGGGAGACGAUGGAGAUAAUUUUUAUGUGAUAGACAGCGGAAUUUACGAUGUGUUUGUGGAAACUAACGGAACUACCAGGAAAGUCCACCAGUUCGUAGAUACGGGCAGCUUCGGUGAGUUAGCACUUUUGUAUAACAAGCCACGUUCGGCGACCGUUACUGCUGUGUCGGAUGAGGGCACGUUAUGGGCGAUGGACCGAAAUUCAUUUCGGCGAAUCGUUCUGAAAAGAGCCUGCAAUAAACGCAAAAUGUACGAGGAAUUCCUGGAAAAUGUACCCAUUUUGAAAUCGCUCGACCAGUACGAAAGAAUGAGUUUGGCCGAUGCCCUGGUCUCGCAAAACUACUCAGACCAAACCCAGAUCAUCAAGCAGGGGGACGGAGCUGACGGUAUGUAUUUUGUGGAAAGGGGUGAGAUAAGGGUCACCAUUUCCCAUAAACCAGACGACCCUGAAGGAGAAGUGGAGGAGGUGGGUCGAUUGUGCAAGGGAUCGUAUUUCGGAGAACUGGCACUUAUAGAGAAUAAACCACGGUCAGCCAACGUAUACGCAGUUGGUGACAUACAGGUGGCAUUUUUACAAAGAGACUCUUUUGAACGGUUGUUAGGGUCGUGUUUGGAUAUCAUGAAAAGAAAUAGCGAACUUUAUAAACAGUACACGGAACAGACGAAGUGAUAUGUACGAUUCAUAUAUACACACACACACACACACACACACUCAAACACGAUGUAUAGAUUGCAUACCUGUACACAAUACAAUGUUUCAUGUGAGUUUUCCAAUAUAUGUAAUUAUAUGUGAAUAUAUAUAUAUAUAUAUAUAUAUAUUAUAUAUAUAUAUAUAUACAUACAUAUAUAUACAUAC